UAGAAUUACAGGUGUGCGGCACUGCACCCAGCUGAGUUUGACAGUUUCAAUGACUAUUUGCUAGCUCAGAAUUUUGUCUUCACUGUUCUCAUUCCUGGGUCAGAUCAGAUGAAGCUCAGGUAUCUGAGAAACCCAUUACUGUUGAGAACACACACACACACACACACACACACACACACACACACACGGGUUCUCUGGCAGAAUCCAGGGAGGGAACUUGAGAGAAACUGAGCCCAACAAAGCCCCAUGCAGACUGCUAGGAAACCAUCUGUCUGGCAACUUGACAUCUCAUUCUAUCUCACAGCAAACUCUACGAGGGAUUCAUAAGACACUUCAGAUGAGUAAACCAAGACACAGAGCAGUUGAGUCUACUGAAGACUCUGUGAAAACCAGGAAUCCUCUCCAAGCCAAAGCAUGAUGGUGAAGAGCUCCAUUUCUGGAAUCACUUGUCAGCUUUGUGACCCCACAAGGGCAGGUCUCCAUAAAUUCCACCAUAUCUUGAGGGAUCCACGCAACACUACACGUUCUCUUUGAUGAAGGGGUAAGAACUUUACAGGAGCGUUGGAUUCCAGGAUCUAAUUAAGGCUGACCUAACUGAAGACAAGCCCUCCACCAGUCCUCCCACUUGGCUAGAGUCUGCUACCCUUCCAUCCCAUCCCCCUUUCUCCUUUUGGACAUAAGCGGUCAAGCGACUUUGCCUUGGGAGAAGCAAAUUACUCAGGAUAAAGAAAUACUUUGGUGACCUCUAGCGCCCUCAGAUAGCCGCCUCGCCAACUGAGAACACAGCAUAAUAGAACAGGUGGUUAUAACCAAAACCAAGCGCUGCUCAGAGGCAAGGGCCAUGUCGAGGGCCUUCAAAGCCCAGUUACAGAUUUCAGUAGUACCAACUGGCCAAGCAGCCUCCACAGGCUUUCCCUAGUUCCCAUUCCUGUCCCUCCGGGCCCAGGUGGGCGGGGCUCCAUUGACACCUUUCCUGGCUGCGCAGCGGGGAGAAGGCGGUGUCGGGGGCCCGGGCGAGCCAAUGGGAGAGGCCCUGGUCACGCGCCGUCGGCAAGCAGACCAAUGAGCUUUGGGGGGCGUGACCAGAGCCUCUGGCAUCGGGCGAUUAUAAUAACUUGGAAUGCGGCUCUUUGGAGCGCGCUCGGCUGCGGCAGUGACUUCGCUGUCCGGGUGCGGGUCAUGUGCCAGAGAACCUAGCUGUCCCGCACAGCCAGACGAUUGACGCUCCGCUCUUGCUUACCUCUAACCCGCCAUGGAGUCGUUGGCUUUCCCUCGGCGCCCGGGCCCGGCUGCCUCUGCCACCGCCACCCUGACGGCGGAGCUCGCCCGGCCACUGGCAGACGGGCUCAUCAAGUCUCCCAAGCCCCUGAUGAAGAAGCAGGCGGUGAAGCGGCAUCACCACAAGCACAACCUGCGGCACCGCUACGAGUUCCUGGAGACCCUAGGUAAAGGUACCUACGGGAAGGUGAAGAAGGCGCGGGAGAGCUCAGGGCGCCUGGUGGCCAUCAAGUCAAUCCGGAAAGACAAAAUUAAAGAUGAGCAAGAUCUGAUGCACAUACGCCGGGAGAUUGAGAUCAUGUCAUCCCUCAACCACCCCCACAUCAUCGCCAUCCAUGAAGUAUUUGAGAACAGCAGCAAGAUCGUGAUUGUCAUGGAAUACGCCAGCCGAGGUGACCUGUAUGACUACAUUAGUGAGCGGCAGCGGCUGAGUGAGCGGGAUGCCCGGCAUUUCUUCCGGCAGAUUGUGUCUGCCGUGCACUACUGCCACCAGAAUGGGAUCGUCCACCGGGAUCUCAAGCUGGAGAAUAUUCUGUUAGAUGCCAAUGGAAAUAUCAAGAUCGCUGACUUUGGCCUGUCCAACCUCUACCACCAAGGCAAGUUCCUGCAGACAUUCUGCGGGAGCCCCCUCUAUGCCUCACCUGAGAUCGUCAACGGGAAGCCCUACAUGGGCCCAGAGGUGGACAGCUGGUCCCUGGGUGUCCUCCUCUACAUCCUAGUGCAUGGCACCAUGCCCUUUGAUGGGCAGGAUCACAAGACGCUGGUGAAACAGAUCAGCAACGGGGCCUAUCGGGAGCCGCCUCAGCCCUCUGAUGCCUGCGGCCUGAUCCGGUGGCUGUUAAUGGUGAACCCUCUCCGCCGAGCUACCCUGGAGGAUGUGGCCAGUCACUGGUGGGUCAACUGGGGCUAUGCCACCCGAGUGGGGGAGCAGGAGGCACUGCGUGAAGGUGGGCACACAAGCAGCGACUCCGCCCGGGCCUCCAUGGCUGACUGGCUCCGCCGAUCCUCCCGCCCCUUCCUGGAGAAUGGGGCCAAGGUGUGCAGCUUCUUCAAGCAGCACACGCCUGGCGGCAGCGCCACACCAAGCCUAGAGCGCCAGCAUUCACUCAAGAAGUCCCGCAAGGAGAAUGACAUGGCCCAGUCUCUCCAGGGGGACCCUGCCGAUGACACUUCCCCUCGCCCUGGCAAGAGCAACCUCAAGCUGCCCAAGGGCAUUCUCAAGAAGAAGGCGUCAGCCUCAGAGGGGGCCAGGGAGGACCCUCAGGAGUUCAGCUCAGUGGCCGAUGGCCCAGGGCACAUGGCGCCCCUGCUCCCCAGGAGGGGCAUCCUCAAGAAGCCUCGGCAGCGCGAGUCUGGCUACUACUCCUCCCCAGAGCCCAGUGAGUCUGGAGAGCUCUUGGAUGCAGGUGAUGUGUUCAUGAGUGGGGACCCCGUGGAGCCGAAGUCCUCUGAAGCCUCAGGGCUGCUCCUCCAUCGCAAGGGCAUCCUCAAACUCAACGGCAAGUUCUCCCGCAUGGCCUCCGAACUGAAGCCCCCCACUGCCUUUGGCUCUCUGGAUGAACUGUCCGCCCCUCCGCCGCCAGCCCGAGCCAGCCGCCCCUUGGGUGCUGUGAGUGAAGACAGCAUCCUGUCCUCUGAGUCUUUUGACCAACUAGACCUGCCUGAUCGACUCCCCGAGCCCCCGCUGCGGGGAUGUGUGUCUGUGGACAACCUCAUGGGACUUGAGCAGUCUCGCUCAGAGGGGCCUGGCAGCUGCCUGAGGCGCUGGCGGCAGGACUCCUUGGGCGAUAGCUGCUUUUCCCUGUCAGACUGCCAGGAGGUGACACAGACCUACCCACAGUCACUGGGAGUCUGCUCAAAGCUCAGCUGAGGGGCAGCGUGCAUUGCCCCAGCCCGGGCAGGCGCUAAGAUACAGCUGGCUGCACCCUGAGCAGGGAGCGCCUUCUCCCUGCCUCCCAGGGCCAGCACCCCAGCUCAGAAGACUGAGGUGGUUGGGAGGGCUAGAGGGGAGAAGUGGGCACAGGAAUGCAUCAAGAGUUCACUGUCUUCUACCCCAUGACCCUGGAAAAUAAUAGCAGGGGAAGAGUAGAGAAGCAGAGAGGGAAGGACUGAGUCGGAGUCUGGGUUACCUGCAUCUUGUGCCCAUGAUGGGGCUGCAGAGACCUGGAAAGAGUCCUUCAACAGCUUCUGUCCUCUUCGUUGCCAUGAGGAAGCUUGAGGUGUGGUGCCUUUCACCUGUCAAGGUGGGGAUGGACCAUCUUCACACAAGUUUGAAUCCCCAUCGACCUCUGGGGCUAGAAUGUGGUACCUCUAAAGUACCCGGGGAAUCCUGGGAGUGAUCUGGAGUAACCCUCCCUUAUUUAUCUAGGAGUAAGAGAACACAGCCUCUGUUUCCUAAAUGGUUCCUCAAAGGUUCUCUUCCCUUUUCCAUCCUCCAAACCUGGCCUGAGCCUCCCAGAGUCGCUGCUAUGAAUCUUAAAAGACUUGAAAAGGCUCAGGCCACUGCUCAACUUCAUCUCAAGGGGCCCAGACUCCUCUGGACCCCACCUGAGACCUCACAGACUGGAACUUCUGCCUCCAAGCUGCUCUGGAAGUCUAGGUUAUGGAUGCCUCUGUUUCUCUGGACUUUCGGGACCUAGAAUGUCCUUAUUUAUUUUUCUGUUCUCAACUCUGUUGUAUUUUUUUUUUAAGUGAAUUUUGCUUUUUACAAUAAUGUGAAUGCCAUGUUCUGGGGAAAUCCAUCAUGCCAUCUAAACUUCCGGUACUGAGAGGUGUGUUUGCAAUGAUGCCCCACAGAUCAGGGGAGGGGGUCCUUUGAUACACCCACAAGUUCUGUUGCUUGCACUGUCUGGAGAUGAGUCCCUUCACUCCACACCCCGUGCUGUCUCCCCUCCUCUGUGGCCAGAAAAAAACACUCCAUUAAAACCAAGAUGAUGAAUGGAAAA